AUGAAUGACAAAAACUCCGCCUCGCCCGGUGGUCAAGGCCCAAAUAACCCUCGCGGCUCUGUUCCAGUCAAUAACCUGCAGAACUCCGAUGCCGUCCGUGACGGGCGCGCCCCCAAAACUGCGUUGCUCUCCUACGGAAUUUGCAGCAACCCAGAGGAAGAGUUCAAGUAUCUAGCCCACCACCUAGGGUGGCUCCCAGUCCCUGAACUGCCGCAGGCCUCCGCGUUCAACCGGGAACUCCAGGAGAUUGAUGCCAUCCACCGCCAGAUCGAGGAGGCUGAAGAUACCACAAAGAACGGCAAGCCCUCAAAGGUAGAAGAUGGUGAUAAUGAAUCAAAGUCUGCUCGUGGACCCGAGGAGGGAGAGGGUGACCCGGACUGCAGCACUGGCAACAGUGGCUCAUCUCUCGCAGCCUGA